CAUUUGUUCACCAUCGCCACUCUCUCUCUCUUCUCUUUCCCGCCGCCGCAACAGCCACAGGGUUCCCGACCACGCCGACGCUGAACUCGUUUGUCGGUUAUCAAAACGCAGAGAGCAACUAGUUUAAGUCGAAACUCGAUCUCUUCAGAUCUGCAUUUUGCCCGAAACCGCAUGUCCAAUAGUUGAAGAAACAACAAACAAAGCUUCAGCUCUCACUUCCAGAAGCUACAUUUUCUCCCAUAUUGAUAUGGACCGACGAAGUUGGCCUUGGAAGAAAAAGUCAUCUGAUAAGACAACCUUAGUGCUUGAGUCUGCAGUUGCUGCUGCUGAUACUUCUCAUCCUCAACUUGAAAAGGAGGUUGGUAAGAAGCCCAAGUAUGUCCAAAUCUCCGUGGAGCAGUAUACGCAUCUCACUGGCCUCGAAGAGCAGAUAAAGACGUACGAUGUUCAGAUUAAAUCAUACGAGAGUCAAGUUGAAGCUUACGAGGAGCAAGUCAAAAGCUUUGAAGAACAGAUUGAGGCGUAUGAUGAGAAGGUUCAGAGCUAUGCUGAACAAGUGGAGAGACUGAAUGAGGAAAAAGAAGAUUUGAGCGAAAAGCUUGCUGCUGCUAAUGAGGAAAUAGAUACCAAAGAGGCUUUAGUGAAGCAACAUUGCAAAGUUGCUGAAGAUGCUGUGGCAGGUUGGGAGAAAGCUGAUGCUGAAGCUUUGACAUUGAAAAACACCUUGGAGUCUGUUACUCUCUCGAAACUCACAGCUGAAGAUCGUGCAGCGCAUUUGGACGGUGCGUUGAAAGAGUGUAUGCGGCAGAUACGGAACUUGAAGAAAGACCAUGAAGUGAAUCUGCAUGAUGUUGCUUUAAGCAAGAGUAAGCAGAUUGAAAAACUAACGAUGGAGUUUGAGAAGAGGAUCUCUGACUAUGAGCAGGAGCUACUAAGGUCUGCAGCGGAUAGUGAUGCCUUAUCAAGAACCUUACAAGAACGGUCCAACAUGUUGGUGAGUAUCAGCGAGGAGAAGUCACGAGCCGAUGCUGAGAUCGAGACCCUGAAGAGCAAUUUAGAAAUGUGUGAAAGGGAGAUAAAGUCUCUCAAGUAUGAAGUCCAUGUAGUCUCUAGAGAGCUGGAGAUACGCAACGAAGAGAAGAACAUGUGUAUUAGAUCUGCAGAUGUUGCCAACAAGCAACACUUGGAAGGAGUAAAGAAGAUAGCUAAGUUGGAAGGAGAGUGUCAGAGACUUAGAAGUCUUGUGAGGAAAAAGCUUCCGGGACCAGCUGCACUUGCUCAAAUGAAGCUGGAGGUUGAGAGCUUAGGCGUAGACACCAGAGUAAAGAGAUCUCCGAGCAAAGCUGCGAGUCCAGGCAAGUCUCCGAGAGGAUAUUCAUCUUCUGGUUCUGAGUUUUCUUCUGUCGAUAAUUCACAGAAAUUCCAGAAAGAGAAUGAGUUUUUAACAGAACGUUUACUUGCUAUGGAAGAAGAGAUGAAAAUGCUUAAAGAAGCUUUAGCAAAGCGGAAUAGUGAGUUGUUGGAGUCACGGAAUCUUUGUGCCCAGAGCAACAGUAAGCUUCAAGGCUUGGAAGCUCAAUUGCAGCAAAUCAAUUCUCAGAAGUCCUCAAAGACGAGCAAUCCAUCAAGUUCGAUCUCUGUUUCUGAAGAUGGGAAUGAUGAUUCUGGAAGCUGCAGUGGAUCUUUGUCAACAAAUCCAUCACAACAACAGACCAAGAAAGAGAAGGAGAUGGCCGCAUUGCAGAGAGUUGAGAGUGUUAGUAGUCAUGUGGAGCUCAUGGAUGAUUUUCUUGAAAUGGAGAAAUUAGCUUGUAGUGGAAAUGGUAGUAUGGAUUCCAAAGACUCUUCAGGUGAUCAAAAGUCAGAAGUGGUGAAUGUUGAGGCUCUUACCGAACUUGAGGAUUCCAUUAGAGGUAGUCCAGCAGUGAUGGAAUUCAGAACUAGAAUAUCAAAGGUUCUUGAAUCUGUAUCUUCUGAUACUGACAUAGGAAAGAUUGUUGAAGAUGUAAAAUGCAUUUUGGAAGAUGUGAAUGCUUCUAUGGACCAGGAGAAGCCUUCUGAUGUGCAGGAUCAUCCUGACGAAGAGGCAGAACAAAAGCUGCAGAGCGUCCACCAAGAUGUGAAAACAGCUGUUUCUCAGAUUCAUGAUUUUGUUUCGUUGCUACGAAAAGAGGUAAGGGCAGGUGAGGAUACUGUGAUCGAGGGAAAUGAUUUCCUUGAACUGAUCGAUGGCUUCUCCAUCACGUACAACCAUGUUUUAAGUGGUCAUCAAAAUUUGGACGAUUUUGUUUCGGAUCUUGCUAAUGUCUUCAACGAGACCAUGGCACUAAGGGUAACUUUUAAGGGUCUUGCUUCCUCAUUGGUUGAAGUUGUAAGUCCAGAUUGCAUAGACAAAGUUGCACUACCUGAGAGCAAGGCUGUAGAUAAAGAUCCAUCCCAAGAAAUAUAUCAAAAUGGAUGCGUCCACAACGAGCCAGAGGUUCCAUGUGAUGAAAACAGAGUUUUGAGGUAUGAAUCAGAGUCCACGUUACAGGAAAUAGAAGAACUGAAAUCAGAAAAGGAAAAGAUGGCAGUGGAUAUUGAGGAGCUGAAGUGUCAGUUACAAGUAUCUGAGAAGAUGUUAGCUGAGAUUAGAUCACAGUUAGAUUCUGCUCAGAGGUCAAACAGCUUGGCGGAUACGCAACUCAGAUGUAUGACUGAGUCAUAUAGAUCACUUGAAACACGUGCAGCUGAUUUAGAGAUUGAUGUGAACCAGCUUAAGGAAAGGGUAAGGAGUUUAGAGAAUGAGCUUGGGGAUGAAAAACGCAAUCACCAAGAAGCUAUUAUGAAGUGCCAUGAACUUGAAGAACAAAUUCAAAGAAGCAGGAACACUUCUUUGGUUGCUGUAGAGGACGAAGAAGCUGAUAUCAAGACCAAACAGGAGAGAGAGUUAACGGCAGCAGCAGAGAAGUUAGCGGAGUGUCAAGAGACCAUAUUUGUGUUGGGGAAGCAGCUGAAGUCAUUACGGCCACCAGAAAGACAGAGUGAGUCCUAUUCUGAGGAUGAACUAGGCACCAAGAACUAUGCCGUAGACGAAGAAGAUUUACCUGACACUUGGGUUAACGACGUACCUAGAUUUAUGGAAUCUCCAAAUUGUCCUUCUGGCUCAGAGACUAGUGAGUUAAUGACAUCGCCAUCACGAGUGGGUUCAAGGCUCUCAAGGUCAGGUUCAUCUGGUAAUCCAACACCAGAGAAAGCCUCUAGAGGAGUCAGCAGGUUCUUCUCCACCAAAUCUGGAUAUUAG